UACAACUAUGGCAUGUGGAAAUUGCAGUAUUAAAAAUACAUAUCUAACGUACGUAUUUUAAACCGUUACAUUAAGAGCUAGUGGUUAAGAGGCAGAGAAGAUGCACGUCGACACGAAGCGUCGAGAAAGUCCCGUUUGACAAGCAUGCUCGUCCUCGCCAGUGUUACUGUCGCUUUAAGAAACUGCACUUGCAGCCAUUUUCUGCUCUUUGUGUGGGGUGGAUUAGAGCUGGGGUGACAGUGGGGCAAAACUAGAGCAUCAGUCGACUCUUAAGACGUGCUAAAGGCGGACGAGAGGUCGGAACGCCGUCGCAGUUCCGUAUCGUCGGAGGGACAUGAGAUUUGCAGACUUUAGUGUGGCAUGAGUGAGGCUUUGUAACCAUGACGACCCACGUGACCCUUGAGGAUGCCCUGUCCAAUGUGGACCUACUGGAGGAGCUGCCCCUCCCAGACCAGCAGCCAUGCAUUGAACCCCCUCCCUCCUCCAUUAUGUACCAGGCCAAUUUUGACACCAACUUUGAAGAUAGGAAUGCAUUUGUGACUGGCAUCGCUCGUUACAUUGAGCAAGCUACAGUCCACUCCAGCAUGAAUGAAAUGCUGGAGGAAGGCCAUGAGUAUGCCGUGAUGCUAUAUACUUGGAGAAGUUGCUCUAGAGCUAUUCCGCAGGUGAAAUGCAAUGAGCAACCCAACAGAGUUGAGAUCUAUGAGAAAACAGUGGAGGUGUUGGAGCCUGAAGUCACCAAGCUCAUGAAGUUUAUGUACUUCCAACGGAAAGCUAUAGAACGUUUCUGCAGUGAAGUGAAGCGUCUCUGUCAUGCUGAGAGGAGAAAAGAUUUUGUUUCAGAGGCCUAUUUGCUCACUUUGGGCAAAUUUAUCAACAUGUUUGCUGUAUUGGACGAACUGAAAAACAUGAAGUGUAGUGUAAAAAACGAUCAUUCUGCUUACAAAAGGGCUGCUCAGUUCUUGAGGAAGAUGGCUGACCCUCAGUCCAUCCAAGAGUCUCAGAAUCUUUCAAUGUUCUUAGCCAACCACAACAGGAUCACUCAGUGCCUGCAUCAACAACUGGAAGUGAUUCCAGGUUAUGAGGAACUUUUGGCGGAUAUUGUCAACAUUUGUGUAGAUUAUUAUGAGAACAAGAUGUAUUUGACACCAAGUGAAAAGCACAUGCUUCUCAAGGUGAUGGGGUUUGGUCUGUACCUGAUGGAUGGGAAUGUGAGUAACAUCUACAAACUAGAUGCCAAAAAGAGGAUCAACCUUAGCAAGAUUGACAAAUUUUUCAAACUUCAGGUAGUGCCACUGUUUGGAGACAUGCAGAUAGAGUUGUCCCGCUACAUUGAGACAAGUGCUCACUACGAAGAAAACAAGUCCAAGUGGACGUGCACCCAGAGCAGCAUUUCACCACAGUACAACCUGUGUGAGCAGAUGGUGCAGAUCAGAGAGGACCACAUUCGAUUUAUCUCGGAGCUCGCACGCUAUAGCAACAGCGAAGUGGUGACAGGCUCGGGCCUAGACAGCCAGAAAUCAGAUGAGGAAUACAGAGAGCUUUUUGACCUUUCACUAAGGGGUCUGCAGUUGUUGUCCAAGUGGAGUACGCAUGUCAUGGAAGUUUACUCAUGGAAGCUGGUCCAUCCGACAGAUAAAUUUUGUAAUAAGGAUUGUCCAGGCACGGCAGAGGAGUAUGAGCGAGCCACACGUUAUAAUUACACCAGUGAGGAGAAAUUUGCUCUGGUGGAAGUGAUUGCCAUGAUUAAAGGACUUCAGGUCUUGAUGGGGCGAAUGGAGUCUGUGUUUAAUCAGGCUAUUAGAAAUACUAUCUACGCAGCACUGCAGGACUUUGCCCAGAUGACCCUCAGGGAGCCCCUCCGCCAGGCGGUGCGCAAGAAGAAGAAUGUCCUCAUUAGUGUUCUCCAAGCCAUUCGAAAGACGGUUUGUGACUGGGAGGGUGCGAGGGAACCUCCAAACGACCCAUGUCUGAGGGGAGAGAAGGACCCGAAAGGUGGUUUUGAUAUAAAGGUACCCCGGAGAGCUGUUGGACCUUCUAGUACACAGCUGUACAUGGUGCGUACUAUGCUGGAGUCAUUAAUUGCAGACAAGAGUGGCUCUAAAAAGACUCUUCGCAGCAGUCUGGAUGGACCCAUUGUGGUGGCCAUAGAAGACUUCCACAAACAAUCCUUCUUCUUCACACACUUGCUCAAUUUCAGUGAGGCCCUGCAGCAGUGUUGUGACUUGUCCCAGCUCUGGUUUAGAGAGUUCUUCCUUGAGCUGACCAUGGGUCGCAGAAUCCAGUUCCCUAUUGAGAUGUCCAUGCCGUGGAUCCUCACCGACCACAUUCUGGAGACCAAGGAACCCUCUAUGAUGGAGUAUGUGCUGUAUCCACUGGAUUUGUACAAUGACAGUGGCUACUAUGCUCUCACGAAGUUCAAGAAGCAGUUCCUUUAUGAUGAAAUUGAGGCGGAGGUAAAUCUCUGCUUUGACCAGUUUGUGUAUAAGUUGGCUGAUCAGAUAUUUGCCUACUAUAAAGCAAUGGCUGGAAGUGUUCUGCUAGAUAAACGCUUCCGGGCAGAGUGUAAAAACUAUGGGGUGAUUAUACCAUAUCCUCCUUCAAACCGGUAUGAGACGUUGCUUAAACAGAGACAUGUGCAGCUUUUAGGUCGCUCCAUUGACCUCAACCGUCUUAUCACCCAGAGGAUCUCUGCUGCCAUGUAUAAAUCUCUGGACCAUGCCAUCAGCCGCUUUGAAAGCGAGGAUCUGACCUCCAUCGUGGAGUUGGAGUGGCUUCUGGAAAUCAAUAGACUCACUCACCGGCUUCUCUCCAAGCACAUGACCUUGGACAGCUUUGAUGCCAUGUUCCGUGAGGCCAAUCACAAUGUCUCGGCUCCCUAUGGCCGAAUUACGCUACAUGUCUUUUGGGAGCUCAAUUUUGACUUCCUCCCUAAUUAUUGCUACAACGGAUCUACAAAUCGAUUUGUACGCACAGCCAUUCCCUUCACCCAGGAACCCCAGAGAGACAAACCAGCCAAUGUGCAGCCUUACUACCUGUAUGGGUCCAAGCCUCUGAACAUUGCCUACUCUCACAUAUACAGCUCAUACAGGAACUUUGUUGGCCCGCCUCACUUCAAGACCAUAUGUCGUCUCCUUGGUUACCAAGGCAUUGCUGUUGUGAUGGAGGAGCUGCUUAAGAUUGUCAAGAGCUUGUUACAGGGCACCAUUCUGCAGUAUGUAAAAACACUCAUCGAAGUCAUGCCCAAAAUUUGCCGCCUACCUCGCCAUGAGUAUGGCUCCCCAGGAAUCUUGGAGUUCUUCCACCAUCAGCUCAAGGAUAUUAUUGAGUACGCUGAGCUCAAGACAGAUGUCUUCCAGAGCUUAAGGGAGGUGGGGAACGCCAUCUUAUUCUGUCUGCUCAUCGAGCAAGCUCUGUCACAGGAGGAAGUGUGUGACCUUCUUCACGCUGCCCCUUUCCAAAACAUUCUGCCAAGAGUAUAUAUCAAGGAGGGAGAGCGUCUAGAGGUGAGGAUGAAAAGGCUGGAAGCAAAGUAUGCACCUCUCCACCUUGUGCCUCUGAUUGAGAGGCUAGGAACCCCUCAGCAAAUUGCCAUUGCACGUGAGGGAGAUUUACUGACCAAAGAGCGUCUGUGCUGCGGCCUUUCCAUGUUUGAGGUCAUCCUGACGCGCAUCCGUAGCUUCCUGCAGGACGGGGUGUGGCGCGGGCCUCCUCCCACCAAUGGUGUCAUGCACGUGGAUGAGUGCAUGGAGUUCCACCGCCUCUGGAGUGCAAUGCAGUUUGUGUAUUGCAUUCCAGUAGGCACUCAUGAGUUCACAGCAGAGCAGUGCUUCGGGGAUGGUCUUAAUUGGGCUGGCUGUGCAGUCAUUGUUCUAUUGGGACAGCAGCGACGCUUCGAUCUCUUUGACUUCUGCUACCACCUGCUCAAAGUUCAAAGACAAGAUGGCAAGGAUGAGAUCAUCAAAAAUGUGCCACUAAAGAAGAUGGCAGACCGCAUCAGGAAGUACCAGAUCCUUAACAAUGAAAUCUUUGCAAUCCUCAACAAGUAUAUGAAGGCAGUGGAGACAGACAGUUCCACUGUCGAGCAUGUUCGCUGUUUCCAGCCUCCAAUACACCAAUCCUUGGCUACAACUUGUUGAAAACAUACACAUACAGCACAUACUGAAACACACAACUUCCCCACAGAUGUGAUUCUAUUUCUGGCCAAUUUUGGGUCUUUUACAGUUGUGAGUUACUGUCGUUUCUUCUCACACUGGUUAAAGAAAUUUAAAGAUAAAUCAUCUCAAACUGUUUUCCUCAUUCAAAUGUUUGUGAAUGCUUACAAAAGUGAAGUCAAAGAGACUAGUGGUGGAAGUAUAUUUUCACAUCUUGUUUUGUUUGUUUUAAUUUACACAUGACUUGCAAUCAGACUCAUGCACGCCCUCGUUUUACCUGCACAUAUGCCAAAAUAGUCAUAUUUGAGUCAGGUCUUCAAAGACUGUGAGUCCUACAUAAAGUUAAACACAAUUAUUUCCCGAUUAAAUAAAUUCAAAUUUUAUCAUCCAAAAAAAGAGUUCAACAACAAAAUCACUUCCCACAAUAGCUUUUGUUCUCAUUUGUGUAAUUAUGUGGUGUGUCUAUGAUACAUCUUCUUUCUAUCAUGAGACAUUUAAUGAUUUUUUUAUUUUUUGUGUUUAUUCAUCUGCUCAUUUUUUUAUUAUUUUUAAUUUUUGCCUGGCUGGUUUGAUUUCCAUUUAAUUAUCUCACAUCCACCAAACCCAUUUGAUUUUCUUAACACAUUUUUAUUCAAUGCAAAUUUCAAUGUAAAUUUCACCAUUGAACUAUGUGAACUGUUGGGUGUCGUAAUUGUUCUUGUUUUACGAUGAAUAUUUUAUUUAAACAUCAUUAGUAUUAUGGUCUGCUACUGACUGGAAACCUCAUUUCUCUUUCUUUAUUUUGCCUGUUGGGAAAUUUUUUAUAUGCCGUUCAUGAAUACAGUGAUGAUGAUCCUAAUUUAGACAGAAAACAAAGUUAUGAGUGAACAUGUGUUGCUUUUUCAAGAGUUUAAAACAACUACUGUAGGUGUGUUAAUACAUCUGGGUGUAUGAUAACAUGAUGUUGUACAAGAUUAACCUGUUUGGAGUGUGUGGAGGAUGCUGGUCCAGUAGAUGUGUGAAGUAAAAUUAAAAAAAAAACACCAUACAAUAAUUCACAUAUAAUUAACUUAGCAUUUCUUGAAUAUAGUAUUAAUUAUUUUGACUUUUGCUUUAGCAGUGUUAUCAAGAUAUGCUAAAUUCCCCUCCCCCCUAUUUUUUCACAACGAUAACAAAUGACUUAUGCUGCAGUCACCCCUACCAUGAUCUUUAUUCUGCAUCAAAUUUAAUCAAGAAAUGUUCUUUUAUCUACUUUUCUUAUAUUUAUUCAACUUUGAACUGAUUUUAAUUUUCGGGUUAAUCCAGUAAAAACAAAGGCACAAAAGUAUCAUUGCGAAACCUUAGCAUGGAAAUGUAAUUUAUUGUCAUCAACGGCUCCAUUUGUGACACAAGGCUUUGUUUAUGUAACUGUACAAGUGACCAUGUUUUGAAGUACUGCAAAUGGAGAAAAGAUUAAA